CGCGGGGCUAUCCAGGAGGCCAUUGUCGCGCGACGUUCCACUGAAGGGGGGUUCCGAUUUCUCUGUUAGCAUCCCUGCGCCGGCGGCCUGCUCCUUUGCUCUCCCAGUCUUCCCCCGUUGCUAUAUUAACCACUACUGAGCAUGGCUUGGAGAUGAAAAUUGCCGGGAACCCCAAUUGAUUUGCUAUUUGCUAUGCGGGACUAAUUAUCUUCCACAUAAAUAGAGACCGCUGUCAACACCGACAUCCCUUCUCCUUUAUAGAUAUAGUCGGUCGACUAUCUUCUGAACCAGGCAAUUGUCUAUAGCUCUGCGGAUUGCUCAUGAUACUUUUCCUAUCCCCUCAUCAAAGAGCCCCAUUAUUCUAACAUCGUUCCUCAAUAUCUGCGAUUCCCGACCAUGGAAUCGUUCAGCAACCCGGAAGACAUGCCCCCUAGUUUUUGCAUCGGGCAGCAUGAGAGCGCCCGCAAGAACCCCAUCACUGCUACAAUUGUACAGGCAGCACAUGAAAGCAAUUAUGAUAUGCUUACGGCGCCAAUCACUACGGAGACGUUUCAUUCUCGGAUUCUCGCCCUCCUAGGCUCCAAGCCAAAUGCGCCUCUGACACCUGCUGCUAAUGGCACUCUGAUGACAACCGAUAACAUAAGACCUAUCGAGAUCCCUCCUCUGACUCCCGCCGAUAGCCAUCUGACUCCGGAUGAGACGAUGUCGCAGCUAGUUGGAGUUACCAGCAGUUGGAUUGACUUAUGCUCCCCAGACCCUCUGAUUGCAGACAUCUCUCGCCAAGUUCUCAUGCGGGAAGUGGCCUAUGCAGCUUUUUGUGGCUUGGGGUACCUCUUGAUUCCGGGCCCGAAACUGCACCACGGAGAUAUCCAUUCCGAAGGCGUGAUGUACUAUGCAAGAGCGAUCCAGGAUGCCAUCAACCUCGCCCCUUACAUACAAUUUCAUAUCUGGACGACCAUGGUUGACAACCCGGAUUCUGAAGUAGAUGGAAUAGCCGACCUGUCUCGCCUCGCUCGCCCAGAAUUCCUUGGAGACCCUCUCGCAGGACAAUCAUCGAAAGCGGAUCCAUUUGGGACCUGGGAUGCUUGGGACAUCAUUCGGAGGACUUGUAGAUACCACUCGAGGCUUGUCGUAGCACUCUCAAUGUCCAGACACCUGCCUCCUAUGUCCGUUCAGUCUCGGUGGUAUUCCGAGCCAGUUCAUUUACUUACCAUUGAUGCUCAGGCCUUCAUCAAGAACCAAAAGGGCUACCCUGUGCUGUCUAAAACACACCAGGCGCUCAUUGGUCGGUUCAUGCGCCUUCGGACACCCCCAUGGAUUCUUCUCUGUGAUGUUGGCACACUCCCAGGAGUAGACGCGGAAGAGACCCCGGGAACUAAGUUGCCCGCUUUGUCGGGCUCCGAUUAUCCUAGCCUCACGCAAGCCGCCGUAUCCAACAAGAAGCAUUAUGACCCGACCCCCCAUCUGUCAUACCUAAGAAACCUUCAACAACGUCAGCCCUCUCGGAGUGCCAUGGAAAGGUUUGGUGUCGGAUACCAGGACUAUCUACAAGCACCUUUGCAGCCGUUGACGGUCAACCUGGAAAGUAUUACCUACGAGGUCUUCGAGAAGGAUCCCAUCAAAUACAAAUGGUACGAGAGAGCGAUCGCCAAGGCGCUUAGUGAUUGGGCAAGUGAAGGGAAGCCUACUUCGAACCCUGAUGGCCGGGUGGUUGUGGUUGUGGUGGGUGCUGGUCGCGGACCUCUCGUAUCGCGGGCCCUUCAGGCCAGCAUUGAUACUGGUGUCAAGAUCGACCUUUGGGCUGUAGAGAAAAACACCAAUGCUUUUGUCCUUCUCCAGCGUCACAACGAGCAGAAAUGGGGUGGCCAGGUUAAACUUGUCCAGUCGGACAUGCGAAGCUGGAAAGGCCCUCAGGUUGAGAGGAAGGAUGACUCGGGAGUACAGACAGGACCGGUAGGACAAACCCUUGGGAUUGGAGACUCAUUGCUUUACAAUACCAACGAAGAGCAGGGUUCUGCGCAAGCGCCCCAAUCGGCGGCCGCGCCCCCCGUUACUGAGCUCGUUCCCACUACGAUCGACAUUUUGGUGUCUGAGCUCCUGGGCUCAUUCGGCGACAACGAACUCUCCCCGGAAUGCCUUGACGGUGUCACACACCUGCUUAACCCUGUUCACGGGAUAUCUAUCCCGGCUUCCUAUACGGCUCACCUCACACCCAUUGCGGCCCCGAAACUCCAUGCCGAUGUCAUGAACCAAGCUGUCUCCAACCCGGCAGCUCCCGAGACGCCGUAUGUAGUCAUGUUACACGCCAUUGACUUCCUCUCGACGAACCAGCCCUCCGCUGCUGCACUUAUGAGUUCUACUCAUGGAAGCGCCAGGUAUAGUGCCUGGGACUCAAUCUCCACCCUUCCAGGUUCGGGGGAGACGCCCAUUCCGUUUGUACAGACAACAUGGUCCUUCGAACAUCCUAACCGGCACAUCCCACCGCAAUUGCCAUCCACAUCGACGAUUUCCAACGCACAUAAUGUACGCCGGACUCGCCUAUCUUUCCCCGUUUAUAACCGAGGAGUGUGCCACGGGCUGGCUGGAUACUUUGAGACAGUGCUAUACCGCGACAUUGAACUGUCCACCAAUCCAGUCACGAUGGACACCAAGAGCGCAGACAUGAUCAGUUGGUUUCCGAUUUACUUCCCAUUGAAGACCCCUCUCAAUGUACCGGACAAUGGCGAGGUGGUGGUGACCAUGUAUCGACAGACUGACGACCGCAAGGUUUGGUAUGAGUGGAUGGUGGAGGUGUUUGCCGUUGAAGGCAGCGAGGAAGAGGUGGUGAUGAGCGGAGGCAAGGCCGUGUCUCCAGGCAUGCAGCAGCAGCAACAACAGCAGCGAUCACGUGGCGGGCGACGUGUCCGGGUUGGCAUCAGCGAGUUGCACUCAAGCAUUAAGGAGGGCUGCCUCAUGUGAUGCGCCCGAGGAAGGAAGCUGACGAAAGGGAUCCUCCGCCUGUCCUGACUAAGAUGUAACGAGACUGAUCCUUCAGUGAUGAUCAUUUCUACGUGUGUAGUUAAGCGUACCUCUGAAUUGUUCCGAUCGCAGGAUUGAUCGCCGGGGGCCUUGUUCUCCGGUCCGCGAAUUGCAUGUGGUCUUCAGGCUAGGC